UCUAUAUAUAAAUUGGAAAUAAUGAUGAAUGUUCUACGAACAAAUUUGAAACCAAGUGAAAUCAAUGUAAAAGAACGAAAAAUAGAUUGUCCAACCGGAUUUCUUAACCGGUGCAAUUAUUGCAAACCGGUUCGGCAAAUUUUUUUAGCUGAUUGUGGAUUGGAUUUUGGUUUUCGAAGCCGAAGAUACUUUUGAAGUUGGGAACAAAAAAUAUAAAAACAAAUGUAAUCCAUUUCUCUUCGUUGCUUCUUUUCUUCUCCCUCUCCCGCUAGUUUCACAGCGCAGACGGACACGAAGCUCUUUGUUUUCUCUUGCUCUAAUGGCGGAUAAACUAGCUCUACCUCUUCUCCUUCCAAACCCACCUUCCUCGAAACCCUUAUUUCCCGACCAAAACCACCAGCAACUCCCCAGGACACCGCCGCUGCAGCCAUCGCUUCCACCUCCGCGGCCUCCGGCGCCGGUGGAUCCUCUCCUUCGAGAUGUGUUUCAUCACCAGAAUGCGAAUUAUGGGCUACCCAUCAAUCCACAGACGCCUAGGGUCCGGACGCGGACACGAAUUGGCAAGUCCCGCGACCCGAACCGCGGUAAGCCGUGGUCCGACCAUGGCCUUUCUCCUGAGGGGAAGCAGGUCCUUCGUUGCUUGAUCGAACCCGGGUUUGAUUCUGAUCAACUUGAUGGUCUCUUGUCGGGAUUGUUCGAACCGUAUAAGGAUAACCCACUCGGGAAAACAGGUUCUUUCUCCGCGGAACUACUGGGUCUUGUUAAGGGUUUAGGGUUUAACAAGAAAUUUGAUUUGGCCCUGCGUGCAUUUGAUUGGUUUAGGAGGCAGAAUGGUUACCAGUCCAUGUUGAGUAACUCUGUUGUUGCUGUGGUUUUUACUAUGUUGGGGAAAGAUGGUCAGGUAUCUUCAGCUGCAACUUUGUUUGAUGAUUUGCAGAAAGACGGGUUUGCUCUUGAUGUGUACUCUUAUACUUCUCUGAUAUCGGCAUUUUCUAGUAGUGGAAGGUACAGAGAAGCUGUUAUGGUGUUCAAGAAGAUGGAGGAAGAAGGGUGUAACCCAACUUUGAUCACUUAUAAUGUGAUUUUGGAUGUGUAUGGGAAAAUGGGUAUGCCCUGGAAUAAGAUUACUGGCCUCGUGGAGGGGAUGAAGAGUGCCGGGAUUGCUCCUGAUGUGUACACAUACAACACUCUUAUAAGUUGUUGCAAACGAGGCUUGCUGCACGAGGAAGCUGCUCAAGUUUUCGAGGAGAUGAAGGUUGCGGGGUUUGGUCCCGAUAAGGUUACUUACAAUUCAUUGCUUGACGUUUAUGGCAAGUCCAGACGACCUAGGGAAGCUAUGCAGGUUUUAAAAGAGAUGGAGCUCAAUGGCUUUUCUCCAAGCGUCGUGACUUACAAUUCCUUGAUAGCGGCUUACACUAGAGAUGGCUUGCUGGACGAAGCAAUGGAGCUCAAGAACCAGAUGACUGAAAAGGGGAUAAAACCUGAUGUUUUCACUUAUACGACGCUUUUAUCAGGAUUUGAGAAGGCUGGAAAAGACGAAGCUGCUAUGAAGAUUUUUGAGGAGAUGAGAAUCACAGGGUGUAAGCCAAGCAUUUGUACUUUCAAUAACCUUAUAAAGAUGUAUGGUAACAGGGGAAAGUUUGCAGAAAUGAUGAAGAUUUUCGAUGAGAUCAAUGCAUGCAGUCUUUCCCCUGACAUUGUUACUUGGAAUACACUGUUAGCAGUAUUCGGGCAAAAUGGGAUGGAUUCGGAAGUAUCAGGUGUAUUCAAGGAGAUGAAGAGAGCAGGAUUCGUACCGGAAAGGGACACUUUCAACACUCUAAUUAGUGCAUAUAGCCACUGCGGUUCGAUUGAUCAAGCUAUAACCGUUUACAAGAGAAUGCUUGAAGCUGGGGUCACUCCCGAUCUUUCCACAUAUAAUACUGUUUUGGCAGCUUUGGCCCGGGAAGGAAUGUGGGAACAGUCUGAGAAAGUUCUUGCGGAGAUGAGGGAUGGUCGGUGCAAACCCAAUGAAUCGACUUACUGUUCUCUGCUUCAUGCAUAUGCAAAUGGCAAGGAGAUAGAUCGGAUGCAUUCAUUAGUUGAAGAGGUGUACUCAGGUGUUAUAGAGCCCCGUGCAGUUCUUUUGAAGAACCUUGUUAUGGUUUGUAGCAAAUGUGACCUUUUGCCCGAGGCGGAGCGUGCGUUCUCCGAGCUUAAAGAAAAAGGGUUUUCUCCAGACAUAAGAACGCUGAAUUCCAUGGUCUCUAUGUACGGAAGAAGGAAGAUGGUUGCAAAAGUCGAUGAACUCUUGAACUUCAUGAUUGAAAAGGGGUUUACUCCGACAUUGGCUACAUACAAUACCUUAAUGUCUAUGCACAGUCGGUCCGAAGAUUUCGGGAAAUCGGAGGAAAUCUUGAGGGAAAUACUGGCCAAAGGGAUGAAACCAGACAUAAUAUCGUAUAACACGGUGAUUUAUGCCUAUUGUAGGAACGGCCGGACGAGAGAUGCUUCAAGAAUAUUCUCGGAGAUGAGGGAUUCGGGGAUUGCUCCGGACGUUAUCACGUACAACACCUUUGUUGCUACUUACGCUGCCGACUCAAUGUUUGAAGAGGCUAUUGGUGUUGUUAGGUACAUGAUCAAGAAUGGAUGUAGACCGAAUCAGAACACCUACAACUCCAUUGUGGAUGGAUACUGCAAGUUAAAUAGGAAGGACGAGGCAAAAUUGUUUAUUGAAGAUCUGAAAAAGCUCGAUCCAAGUAUUCCGAAAGAUGAGGACCGCAGGUUGGUGGACCGCAUGGCUAAGCAAUGGCCGUAGACCCGUUUUGUUCAAUGUUUAAAAACUUUUUGGUUGUAUAGAACAGACUGAUAUAAGCAUGGGAUCGGUCUUGGAUAGUGUUGUAAAGUUUACAGAGACAAGAUUCAUACAGUGCAAAAAGCUGUCUGAAUGUCUUGUCUGUCUCAGGUGAUGAUCACCUGUCUUGUCCAGUUUUGGGUAAUAUCUUCAUAUUUCAGAAGGUAAAUUUGUUGCCUCA